CUAAUUUUACAUUUUCGCUCUCCAACGCCGCUAUUAUUAUGUUUAUGCUUUUGACUACAAAGUUUUCAAGGUUGCCAAUUUUAAUCCUGGACAAUUAUCGGGGAUUAAACAGAAUAAAACGAAAAUACAAUGACCAAACGUUAAUAAGGCGUGGGGAGGGUGGCCGCCGGACUACGUGGACGCAUUUCCCUCUCACAUUUUCAGCUUCUUGCCCCCGCCCGCAACACGAACCGUCACGCUUCUAUCCACCAUUCAAAAAGCUUGGUCUCUAACUCUAAUGGCGACACCACACCAAAUUGCUCACUUAUUCGGAAGAUCUCCCAGCCGCCGCCGGAAUUCCCAUGGCGAUCCUUGUAACCGGCUUGAGGACUUUCUUCGUCGCGCUAUUCUGCUUGUCCUCGGCCACUGUCAUCUACACUGUCUGCACCGAUGGCCUCCCCUUCCGCAAGGAGCUCCUUACCCCGUGGAUGGCUGCCACUUUGGUUGAUUUCUACAUCAACAUUUUCGCUUUGGCGCUUUGGAUUAUCUACAAAGAAGCCAACUUUGUAUCUUCGGUUGUUUGGAUAAUUCUGCUGGUCUGCUUUGGCAGCAUCACGGCUUGCGCCUAUAUCUUUAUUCAGCUUCUCAAGUUGUCACCUCAAGAAACUGCACAGGACCCUAUGUAUCAUGUGCUAUUGCGGCAUGAGAACAAGAAUCAGGAGGAACAAAAGGGGAAGUACUCUCAAGUCGUUGCUGGAAGGAUUAUUUUCACUAUUUUGGGUUGCGUGAUGAUAUCCACACUGAUUUACACCAUUGUGACUGAUGGUUCUCCUUUCCGCACAGAGCUCUUGACACCGUGGAUGUCGGCUACACUGAUCGACUUCUAUGUCAACGUGGUGGCUCUUUCCGUGUGGGUUGCCUAUAAGGAAACAAGCUGGUUUAGUGCGUCCAUGUGGAUAGUUCUAUUGAUAUGUUUUGGCAGUGCGACUACUUGUGCCUACAUCGCGGUACAGCUGUUUCAACUUAGUUCCCAAGAUCCAGUCUACCUAGUCUUGUUGAGACGCAACAACAGAAAGCAGGUAUGAGAGCACCUAAGCAGCAAAAGACAAUACAUCGAUCUUUCACGGAUACAGUUAGACGUACUUGCGGAUGCUGAACUAGUGUGUGUUAGAAUGAUGAACUUCAUACCAUGUGUACGUAUUUGAAACACUGGGCUGUGUUAUUGCUGUAUUGGUUCUCAUAAUAAAAGUGGUAAGGACCCUCUCAACGCGAUCUGACAAGAUAUGUUGAUCCAACAUAUACAAUACCAGCCUGUGAUUCCCUGUUAGUGUUGGCUUCUGCUGCACUACUUCUCGAGUCAUAUAUAUGCAAACUAUUCAAUGUCAAUAUUUGGAAUGUUGAUUUUUAGUGUCCAUGGAAAUGUACUCAAAUGUAGUUGAAUGAGUCAGCAGGCGGGUUACACGUUCCACUGUAGCCAAAUUCAGUGAGCGACGUUUUUAUUUUAUUGCCCACUUGCCACUAGUGUUGACUCUCGCGCCUGAACAUCACAAUUAAAAAACUUUGGUCUCCAUCACACUAAUGGCGACACCGCUGCAAAUCCCAAGUCCAGAGAUCUCCGCGCAGGAGCUCCAAUGGCUCUCCUGGCGACCAGUUUAAAGACUCUUUUCCUAGCAGUAUGCUGCUUCGUCUUGGCCAAUUGGAUCCGCAUUUUCUGCACCGUUGGUCUCCCGGUCCGGGAGUUGCUGACGCCAUGGAUGCGCGCCAUUUUUACUGAUUUCUACAUCAACAUUUUAGCUGUGGCGUUGAGAUCAAUAAUUGAUUUGAGCUCUCUGUACCAGCUUUGGAUUGUCUACAAGGAAGCCAACUUUGUAUCUUCGGCAAUUUGGAUAUUUCUGCUGCUCACCCUUGGCAGAUAUGAUGUCCGGGUCCUUAUGUUUCUAUUUGCGUUCACCAUAUACAGCGUCGCAUCUUGUGGCUAUGUCUUCAUUCAGCUUCUUAAGUUGUCACCUCAAGCAUCUGCACAAGACCCGGUGUAUCAUGUGCUAUUGCGGCCUGAACACAAGAAUCAAGAGCAACAAAAGGAGGUUCACUCUCAAGUCGUUGUUGCAAGAGUUGUAUUUAUCAUUUUAGGUUGUCUGAUGAUAGCAACUGUGAUUUACUCUAUCGCGAUUUAUGGUUCUCCUUUCCAUGAAGGGGUCUUCACUCCGUGGAUGGCAGCACUACUGAUCGACCUCCAUGGCAACGUGCUGGUUCUUUCGGUUUGGGUUGCCUAUAAGGAAACAAGUUGGCUAAGUGCUUCAGUGUGGAUAGUUCUCUUGAUAUGUCCUGGCGGUGUUGCUACUUGUGCCUUCAUUUCAAAGCAGCUCUUUCAACUUAGUUCACAAGAUCCAAUCUACCUAUUGUUGUUGAAGAACAACGGCCGAGCUACUAAAGUUCCUCUUCUCAGCUCAGUUUAAUCCGGCGGCCAGAGGAAAUUGAAGCAGCAAAAUAUCAGGUAUGAGAGCAUUGGAGGUACUUUACUAUCGUGGUUCGGAGACCAGAUAUGAGAGCAUUGGAACAGCAAAAGAUCACACUUCAAUCGUUUGACAGACACGACGAGGUUUGAUCACAUAUUUUGGAACUCCACUCCCAUUCUCCCAAGUAUAUUUGCAGUAUUUCUUGAGCAACCAAGUGUGAAUUUAUGUUGAGAAUGUGUGUAUUUGAAAUUCCAAUGUAUUCUUGUGAUUGGUUCUUGAUCAUGUUGAUUUUGGAACUGGAGGUUGUACAAUACAUCAUUUUUCUUCUUUAGUUUAUAAAUGGAUUAGAGAAAGCUCCCAAGACCCCUUGGAAGACCUGAAUAUGAGAUAGAGCAAUUUUAGAAACAGGUUCUUCGAGGGUAAUUACACACUUUGAUUUUUAGGGAAAAAAAAUAUGUAAGAAAUUUGGUGAUCUAUUGAUG